AUGCAUGAUGCCCAAUCUUGGACUGCAAAUGACUUUCCUUCAGAUUUGAAGAGAGCCCUCGCGGCCAUCUCAGAGCUACCCGAUGCGGUCUUGAAAGCAGAGCUCGUUCGACGAGAUGCUACAUCUGAUGAGACCCCGACAUGUGGCUCGAAAUCACAGGGUGUCUAUAACACCCCGCUACAUGUUAUGGCACUGUUUCUCAUCCUGGUGCUCAGUACUCUCGCAUGCUCCUUUCCCGUCCUGGCACACCGAUUCCCACGUCUUCCAAUCCCCCGUCGAUUCCUUUUCAUAUCCAGACAUUUUGGAACGGGUGUCUUAAUUGCGACAGCGUUUGUGCACCUACUCCCGACUGCGUUUAUCUCCUUGACCGACCCAUGUCUUCCUCGCUUCUGGAGUCAAUCAUACCGGGCCAUGGCUGGAUUCGUGGCAAUGAUCUCGGUGUUUGCAGUUGUCCUUGUGGAGAUGUUCUUUGCCAUGAAAGGUGCAAAGCAUGUCCAUGGUAGCGAAUAUGAUAAUCUGAUCGGCGAGGUGGGACGAGACUCAAUAAGUGAUGCCGGGGAUCGGCCGGAGGAUUAUGCGGGGCUCGAAGCCCAAUCGGUUUCGGAGAAUAUCAACAUGGAUACCGUAGGGCACAAACCUCAGUCGCGGGCGACGAGAGCUUCAGGCUCAUUCCAUGAUCUCGACCGCUCUCCAUUGGCAGACACUCCGGGAGAUAAGGAUGAUGAUCUAACCGACCUUGAUGGCCUGGACGACUACAUGGAUGACGACCAGCAGCCCAUCAAUGGACAGGCAAACCGUACAUCGCAAUCUCAUCGUAGGCACAGAUCGCAGAUGAGCGCAAGCCAACGUCCGACAGGUUCGGAACCACCGAUGGCAAAUCCGCAGCGCCAACUUCUGCAAUGUCUUCUCCUGGAGGCCGGGAUCCUAUUCCACAGCAUCUUCAUCGGUAUGGCCCUCAGUGUUGCUACCGGGACCUCGUUUGUUGUUCUCUUGAUUGCGAUCAGUUUCCACCAGACCUUCGAGGGCUUUGCCUUGGGUUCCCGGAUUGCAUCGCUAAUCCCCGAUCUCUUCUCCCCGGAUUCCCCGAAGCCGUGGUUGAUGUGCCUUGCCUACGGGACCACGACUCCCUUGGGUCAGGCUAUCGGGUUGGUAUUGCACAACAUGUAUGACCCUGCCAGCACCACGGGUCUCCUGAUGGUUGGGGUUACCAACGCUAUCAGCAGUGGUCUUUUGCUUUUUGCAGGCUUGGUAGAGCUUCUGGCAGAGGACUUCUUGAGCGAGUCCAGCUACGAAACUCUCAAGGGCAGGCGGCGUGUUGAGGCUUGUGUGUCGGUUGCAGGUGGCGCCCUCCUCAUGGCUCUCGUCGGUGCCUUUGCUUAG